AUGUUAGACGUCUACAAUAUUCUUCCAUUUGAUGAUCCAGAUGGUGGUGUCUGGAAGCAAGGAUUCGAUAUCAGUUACAGUUCAGGUGCAGUGAAGCGUGAGAAAAGACUGGAAGUGAUCGUGGUACCGCAUUCGCAUACUGAUCCAGGUGAAAAUACUCCAGUUGUGCUCUCCUGUGAUGUUUGCCGCUGCUUGUUGUUUCCAAAGUGCAUCAUGUAUGCGCCCCAUUUCUUCAUAAUUUUGCGUCGGUUAGUGACAGGUGUUUGUUUCCAGGCUGGAUAA